AUGCCGACCGAGCGCAAGAUGGACCUCAUCUCCAAGCUCCAGGACUUGGGAGAAGACAAGGAAGGACAACAUGCUUUCCUGAAGAACCAACUGACAGAGCUCAAUCAUGCAGCUCGGAAGAAGGCAACUCUCAUCAUCUAUGCCCAGGGCUUGGAGAUCCCGGUGCGUCCCAACGACACCAUCAGUGUGCUCUAUGCCAAGUGCGAAGAGAGGAUCACGGUGGCGACGCCGCCGACGGGCAGCGACCUGGUGAACUUCGGCAAGCACUCAGACAAGAAGUACAAGGAGAUCCUGGAGGAAUGUCCCUCCUAUGCAGAGUGGAUCCUAACCACAGCCGACAAGAACCCAGAGUCGUCGUGGCGCCUGAAACGACUGGCACAGUGGUUGAAGGUCACCAUGGAGGAACAGCACAUCACACAGUUCAAGAAGACCGAGAAGGAUCUCCCUCCGUCGGGAUAUCAUCCCCGCCAUGCCAAGGGGAAUCCAAGCGGAUCAUCGACCGACCUGUCCGACGGGUCCUUCCUGAAGAUCCAAACCGACGAUUCCGACUCCGAACUGAGUCGCUUGAAGACCGAACUGGACCAGCUCCGCUCAGAGAACAGCAUGAUGGCUCUGCAAAUGUCGCGCAGCAAUAGAAACUUUGAUCAAGUCAAGUCCCUCAAGAACCGGGGAGUUCCUGAGAAAGUUCUGGCGAUAGCAAGGGAGUUCCGCUGUCCUCUAUGCGAAGAGCGCAAGCGGGUUGUGCCACGAAGACCUGCUACUCUGGAGACUGCACCACUGAAAUGGCAGAGGAUACAAAGUGAUCUAGGUUCUUGGACCCAUCCUCAUACACAUCACAAGAUCAAGUUCAUCUUGUUUAUUGAUGAAGGUUGCCGUUUCAGAACAGGUCGCAUCUUAUUUGAGAACAGCCGGGAACAGGCCACCUGGCCCGUUGUGCGAAAAGCAUUUGAAGAGCUCUGGAUCUCGACCUUCGGGAGGCCAGAGGAAAUUCGUGCAGAUCCUGAGGGUGUGUGGCGCAGCGAUGAGGCCGCAGCAUACUGCCAAGAGCGUAGCAUGACGCUGACUCCAGUUCCGGCAGAAGCUCAUUGGCAAAUUGGAAUAGUUGAAGAAGCAAUCCAAGCGGUCAAACAUGUGUUGGACACCCUCACCACUGAAUUUCCUGACAUGGAGCUCGCAGAAUGUUUUGCACGGGCUAUUUGGGCAUGUAACUCUCGGGACAACUCCUAUGGGUAUUCUCCAGCUCAACAUGCUAUGGGUCGUAAUCCUGAUGAAUGGGGUCGCCUCUUUACAAGUAAAGUUCAGGGACAUCCAAUACAUCCACAACAACUGGUUGAUGGGGGCUUUGGUGACAAUAUCAAAGCAAUGGCCGCAGCAGAACAGAGCUUCAGCCGUUUCCAAGCGAAAGCACGACUUGCCCGAGCCGAAGCUAGAGAGGAUGAACAAGGGCGUCUUCGACCGGGUAGUUGUGUAUGGCUUCACCGUGCCGGCCGCUUGAUCAAAGCCGCACCUGAACAAUUGAGACAAGCCUCGAGCCGUGAAAGAGCUGUGGAAGAACUCAAGGGACCAUGCGAGAUUCCAUGGACUAUCACUUCCUUAGCCACUCACCCACACAGAAAGACUUAUUGGGACAUUUCUGCAGAAAAACCCACAGACCUACAGUGGCAAGAGGCUAGCGAUCAUCCGACAGGUGGCCGGCGGUACAGUAGCAAGAAGCGUCCGACCUUAGAUCAACCUGCGGAAUCUCCACCUCAACCUAUGGAGGAUAUCACUGCAGAUCCACAAUUUGCAGAUGACGAUGUCGAGAUGAAAGCGGAAGACACCACCACCAAACCAGUAUCUGAACCUGAUGAGACCAUGUUAGCGGUUGAGAUCUCCAUCGACAUACCAAAUUCAAAACGUGGUGUGAACAAGUUCAUCGAGGAUCCUGUAGCUUUUGUUGUGAAUCAGAUGAAGCGAAACACAGUAGAAGUGCGGGAGAGAACUUUGACGGAUGAAGAAUUGGCUAAGGCCAGAGCGGUGAUCCUAGGCUAUCAGGACAAAAACUAUGAGUUCAAGCAAACGGAUCCCGCGUUGAUGCUGCAUACCGCGAUGCACUUCUUCAACCGGGCGCGAGAUGCCCAAGUCAAGGCCCAGAACUAUGCAAAAGCUGCUAAGCGCGCGCUCAGCAAGGGAAUCGUCGAGAACCGCAAUGACGCUGCCGCGUGCACAAUCAUGAGAAAGAAGCUACGGUUGGACGCACCGGUUGCAGCUGAUGCUGAUGAUGAUGUGUUUGAUCAGGUGACGGUUGUGGCCCCGACGCAUGUCCCUGAUGAUGGCAUGUCAGUUGUGUGCCCGACGGAGCUCCCUCAGAUGAAAGUUGCAGCCUCAAAAGAUGAUGAUAGUUCAGCCCCGAAGGGUGUUAUGAAUGAUGAUGACGGCUCAGCCCCGGAGGAUGAUGACAAGACUGUCCCAACCAGUCGUGCAGAUGAUGACUGCACUGUUGCCAAGCAAGCAUGUGCAGCAAUGGAUGAGUUGCAGAAAGCAGCUUUGGCAGUAGCUCCAGGGAAGCUGCUUGACGAGUUUGCCACUAAAAGUAUCUCGUUUGACAUGUAUACCCGAGCGGUUUGGAGAAAGGCGCACAAGGCAAAGAAAGAGAACAGUGAGGGCACAUGGCCUCUCUGGGUUGAAGGGGUCGUGAAGGACGACCUUAACGAAAAAAGCGACGAAUCGCAGCCGACUGAGACUGGUCUGAAGCCCGAUGAUCCUGCACAGGAUGCCAGGGAACAACGACAACAAGUUCUCGCCAGCCUUGCAGGACAAAAGCGCUUGGGCGCGGACCUCAAGCCGGAGGGAGUUGCAAAGAAAAAAGUCAAGAAAACUGCCGCCAAACAGCAGCCAAAGGCCAAACAGCAGCCAAAGGUUGCCCAGCUUUCGUGCAAAUUUGAAAACUAUGAGCAAAUUGUGGCGAGUUUGGUCGAAGAACUCAACAGUGGCGACAAAAGUGUCGAGGAUGCAGAAAUUCGGGAGGUGUACGGCUUGACCAAGUUAGAAGUACCAUGGGUUGCUGUGGAACUGGCCAUUCACGCGAUGAUCCUUAGACGAAUGAUGGAGUUCGAUGUUCCUUACGGAGCCCUAUGUCUAGAAUUCUUUGCAGGUACGGAGCUGUCGUCUCAGGUGGCUAAGGCAUUUGCAGAGCUUGGGUGUGUCGCUCUUGCUUUUGACAUUUUGCGAGACUUGGACAGAUGGAGGACGGACCUAGAUUAUGUGGUGCUUGGGAAUGUUCUGGCUGCAAGAUCAGCUGUGUUGGCUGUGCUGGCCUGGGCUUGUGGUGGCUUUCCAGUACUGGAACAGCCAGCUCGAUCUGUCAUGACGGCGCUGCCGUCAUGGCAGAGCGUCAUCGGCUACUUUGAUGAGGCUGCAAUUAGGGGCUGGGCUGGGCAACGGCUCAAGCUGAACAAGAUCAACAUGGCUGCCUUUAGGGCAUCGUAUCGUGAUUCUACGGGCACGAUGCGGGUGCAUGGAGGGCCUGGCCUCAAACAAACCCAGCUCUAUACUCCAGAGUUUGGGCGCGCAAUGGCUGCGUGGUGGAUGGCCCAUGGCCCAGUGACCACAGGGAGGGAACGACGGCGAUGGUCGCUGGUGCAGAGCGCAAAUUUAUCUUUGGAUGCUAUGAAGGACCAUAUAGUGGCCUACUCCCAGUUGCAGCACUUCAAAUUCGAAGAGGGGCGCUUGCUGGAGGCCUUGGACGAACUUAGGCGUGACCUGGAAGAAACGACCAAUACUAAAGUAGAGGGGGCUCACCCGUGUUUGACCAAGACACCCAACCUGGCCUACUUGAAGUUCAUGGCACUCCCGCCUCAUUUGCCGGCCACGCCAAAGCAGCUUGCGCCUGCCACUGCAGCAGUAGCUGCUGGUGGACUGCCUGUGCCUGCCGAGGUUCCCCAAAAAACUGGGGUGUUGCCUGCCACGGUGGUUCCGAGUCAUGCCAAUGGUAUGCCUGCACCUGCCACUGUGCCUCAUCACCAAGUUGGAAGUGGACAGGGUAGUGGGGUGCGUGCGCCUGCCACUCCUCAGCAAGUUGGAAAUGGACAAACUGGUGGAUUGCCUGCGCCUGCCACUGUGCCUCAGCAAAGUGGGCAAACUGGUGGGGUGCCUGCCACUGUGCCUCAGCAAGUUGGCAGUGGAUUGCAAACUGGUGGAUUGCCUGCGCCUGCCACUGUGCCUCAGCAAAGUGGGCAAACUGGUGGGGUGCCUGCCACUGUGCCUCAGCAAGUUGGAAGUGGAUUGCAAACUGGUGGAUUGCCUGCGCCUGCCACUGUGCCUCAGCAAGUUGGGCAAACUGGUGGGGUGCCUGCCACUGUGCCUCAGCAAGUUGGAAGUGGAUUGCAAACUGGUGGAUUGCCUGCGCCUGCCACUGUGCCUCAGCAAGUUGGGCAAACUGGUGGGGUGCCUGCCACUGUGCCUCAGCAAGUUGGAAGUGGAUUGCAAACUGGUGGAUUGCCUGCGCCUGCCACUGUGCCUCAGCAAGUUGGAAGCGGGCAGACUGGGGCGCCUGCCGCUGUGCCUCAGCAAAGCGGGCAUGGUUUGGUGCCUCCGCCUGCCACUCUCCCUCAGCAAGUUGGAAAUGAUGGGCAAGCUGGUGGAUUGCCUGCGCCUGCCACUGUGCCUCAGCAAGUUGGAAGUGGGGAAAUUGGUGGGGUGCCUGCGCCUGCCACUGCAGUUCCCAAGCAAGCGCCUGCCACUGUGGUUCCCAUGCAAGCGCCUGCCACGGUGGUUCCCAAGCAAGCGCCUGCCACUGGAGGAUUGGCUGCGCCUGCCACCGCUUCCUCACCUGGUGUGUCCCAUGAAGCUCAGCAAGCCAAAGCUGCUUUGCCCCCAGCCCCUGCACUUCUGCAGCCCCAUCAAGUCCAUCAUGCACCUACCACGCAUGUGGUCCCGAAGGUUGCGAUGAUGCCUCCGCCUCGGGUUGUUCCGCAGCAAGCCCAAGUUGGAUUUGCAGCGCCUGCCACGUAUGCGGCCAAGAGUGGCAUGCCAGCGCAGCCAAACAAAGAAGAGUAUUCCCGCAGAGCUGCAGCCAAUUUGAUCAAAAGGUUGAAGGAUAACCCUGGCCGAGUGGAGGGCAUGCCGUCUUUGAAAAAUAUGCUUCACGAUGAAAGCAAGAAAUCUGAGCUUAUUUCCCUUAUUGUUGACAACCAGGGAAAUUUGGCAAAUGUGCAAGCUUUCUUGCAAGUUCAGGAGGAAGUUGGAAAAGUUCAAAUUGCCCGGAAGAAGGCCCUGCGUUACACAAAGAAACAAAUGCAAGACGCAUACGGGGAGGACGCUGAGGCUGUCAUGAAGUUUAAGGAAGAGCAAGGACUGAUCGAUGAUGAUGAGAACAACCCCAACGGCAAGGUCUACCUCAUUGCUGCCCGGGAAGAUGAGACGGAGAAUUACCACAGAAAUAGCAAUGUGAUGAGCACCGGCAGGCUGCAAGUGACUCCGGAGAAUGCCAGUGACAUGGCUGAGAUCAU